GAGGGGGGGUUACCGGACACUCUGCCCACUGCCUGGGUGUUAUGUGAUGUGGAUCUCCAAUAAUAAUGAUGUCUUCUCCAGGAAAGAUCACAAUAUGGAGGGUCAGUCCUGUUUUUAGAGCAUUUGAUCCUUUUUUGGGAAGAACAGAGAAGGAAGAUUUCGGGGUUUUCCUGUCACUAAAAUCCCGACAAUGAAAAGCAGCGUGGCCGUGUUCUCCAAUCAGGGGAAUCCCUUCCCUCCCCCGGUGAGCGGCAGAACUCACUAUCGCCCAUCUCCGCCCCAAAUGCUUUCCGAGGAGCAGAAACAAACGGUUCUCAGUCCAGUCCGUCUUCCUCAUCACCUCUCCGAAUCUCUGAGUCCUCCUGACCUCCACUUCAUGGCGGGAUCACAGAGGUUUGUCCUCCCAGACUCGGACUCUUCCGGGCCCUUCGAUGAGUCCUGGCCGUCCUCCGAGGGGAGCAAUAAGACACCGGAACAGGACAGGACGGGGAGCGGAAUAUACGGAGGAUCUGCUGAGCCAACCAAUGAGGAGUCAGUCAUAGCCAGGUACAUGGCGAGGUUUCGCGACGGACGCCCCGCCAGCCGCUUGGAACGUUCUCCCCCUCAGUCUGCUAUGAAGGAGUUCUGGUGGCUGCAGACGUCACCGGACAGUCCGGAUGUUCAGAGGUUCCGGCCCGGCUCAGGAAUUUCGGCUUCUCUCGGAUUUUCUCCUCAAAGUUUGGAUAUGACUCCUCCUCUGGCGGAGGGGUCCCUAAAUGACUCCAAAGUAAGUCCCGAGGAUGUGGAUAUCAUUGGUCUGCAGGAGCGAGCAAGAAAGCUUAUCGUCCACAGUGAGUCGUCUCUUAGUUCCGAAGGUCUUGUGAGCUCAGAAGGGGUGGGAUCAUCUCCAUCAUCCGUGAGCGAUGUCAGUGGGAUUCGGUCGUCUUCACUGGACAGAGCUCCUGUUGUACCUUUUCCACGAGCGCCUUUCACCUUACCUGUCCCGUCUGUGAGGACCCAUACUGCCGUACCCCCCGAGGAGGAUAUUUUAUACCAGUGGCGACUACGCAGAAAGAUGGAGCAGGCCCGAGAAGGAACUCUGCCCCUGAGCACACGCAAACGCUCCCCUUCUCCACCCGUCCGGAUCCCCAAGCAGGUUUUUCUGACAGCUGAGACUUCUGAGAAAAUUGUCCCGGUUCCCCCGCCAGAGACAGCCAAGAGCUCCCAUCCCCCGGCACAUCUCCAACCUCCCACCGCCUGUUACAGUCAUGUUCCCCUGGCCAGUCCCCAUUCCACCUCUGGCACCGUCCCUCCACACCUGCAUCUUCAAUGCGACAUCCUGCCGUGCGUCCACAGCCAGCCGCCGGCUCCUUGCACACAACGAAAACCGGAAAGGGGAGCGGUAAGAGCAGCGGCUGUGCCUGCAGCCUCCCCCCCACCAGCUGAGACGGGGCACAUAAUACAGACGGGACGUGAGCGGCUGCCGCAUAGAAGAUCUCAGAAGAGGCCGGAGGAGAAAAAAGUCAAAUCUAAAGAGGAGAAGAGCAAGAGACCGGCCGAUAAAACCGGAGCUCCUCCUCCGUCACCGGUUCACCAAGCCAUGGAUCAGGUGAUAUCUGAGCGACUCUUCUCUCCUCUGCCAUCUCCAAAGCUGAAGCCCAAAAAGAGAGCCACGGCGCCCCCUGCAGAACAGAAGGAGGAAUUGCAGCCUAUAGAAAUCGCUGCUCAUCUUCUGGAGGAGGCAGAAGAUUCAGACGGGACAGAGUUCGGGGAUGAUCCUUUGCUUCAAGUUUUGCGGGAACAGCGUCAGGCUCUGCGAUUUAAACUCCGGGAAGUGGAUUUACAAUUGGCGGAGCUGGAGGGUGAGAACAGUGAAAACCCGUCACGUCCCCAACGACCGACUUCCUCUUAUCACUAAUUAUUUAUCAUUAUAUGUUCAGUUCUCUUCUAUUUAUUCAGAUUUUUAUAUUUUCUUACUCCGUUCAUUAAAGAAAUAUCAGGAAAAGA